AUGGGUGGCGCCGGUAGUAAAAAGUUGCCAAAGGAGGACAUGGAGUUUCUUAUGCACAACACAAAUUUCACGAAGCAGCAAAUCAAAGCUUGGUAUAACGGUUUCAUGAAAGAUUGUCCGAACGGCCAGCUAACACGAACGAAAUUUCUGGAAGUUUAUUCCAGUUUCUUUCCACAGGGCAACGCUGAAAAAUUCUGCGAGCAUGUCUUUCGAACGUUCGAUUCGGACAAUAGCGGCAAAAUAGAUUUCAAAGAAUUCCUACUAGCUAUCAACAUAACCUCCGCCGGCAAACCAGAGCAGAAGCUGGAAUGGGCGUUUCAGAUGUAUGACGUCAAUGGAGAUGGCACGAUAGAACCGAGUGAGAUGACCGAAAUUAUAACGGCGAUAUACAACAUGGUGGGCCCUUCCUUAUCUUACAAUGACCCGAACGACACCCCUGAGAAGCGGACGAAAGAGAUAUUUGCCAAGAUGGACGAGAACAGCGAUGGAGUCCUCUCCAAAGAGGAAUUCAUCAAGGGAUGCAUGUCAGAUGAGUUUCUAUGCCAGAUGCUAACUGCUGACGCUGGAGCUGAAUGA